AAUACCGCAAGAACAAGACCGAGAAGGAGGAGGAGUAGAACAAGAGGAAGAGGAAGAGGAAGAGUUUCUCCGAAUCAAUAUCGCUAUCUUCGAGAGAAGAGGUAGUUACAGAUAUCAGGCUAAUCUACUAGGAUCCGACAGUAUAUUAAUUUGCCUCCGAGCCGCCCUGGUUGGUUUUGAAAAGCAUCCGGGUUUAUCUAUUCAGGAAGAACCUUUUUAUCCCAAUGGUUUAACUCCCGGACAAAUUUUCCAGUGCAGACCGAGAUCGAUGAAUACAAAGCCAUACAAAAUCAGUCGUGAACUCCCCAGGUGAAAUAUGGAGACGAUGGAAAAAUCUCUGCCUGAGAUCAGUCCGCCAACGGACCUUGAAAAGGGGACUGAUCCCAAUAUUGCAUCAUCGGCUUCCUCUAAUCGCGAUUACGACGAUAAUCUCCAAAUUACAUGCGCCUCACCCGGUCUAUCUCGCACGCCAACUGCUGCAAAUCCGAUCGGUAACGACGGGGUGUUAGGAAAGACGCUUUCGCUCAUCCGGACAAAAGACUCUGGAAUUGACCCCGGCCCUCCACCUGAUGGAGGCUUUAAUGCCUGGUUCCAAACGUGUUUGAGCCAUUUGGUGAUGUGCAAUACAUGGGGCUAUCUCAACAGCUUCGGUGUGUUCCAGUCACACUACAUGACAUCCCUGCAACGGUCGCCAUCAGAUAUAUCCUGGGUAGGCAGCAUUCAAAUCUUCCUUCUCUUCUUCAUCGGGACCUUCUCCGGCCGUGCAACCGACGCCGGCUAUUUCAAGGCUGUAUGGACGAUUGGCGCUAUACUUCUGGUUUUGGGGAUCUUCAUGACUUCGCUAGCCACAACAUAUUGGCAACUUUUCCUUUCCCAAGGACUGUGCAUGGGCAUCGGCUGCGGACUGCUCUUCUGCCCUACAAUAGCAUUAAUUCCCACGUAUUUCUCUUCCAAGCGAGCAAUCGCUCUGGCAAUCAGUGCUGCUGGCUCUGCAACUGGAGGUAUUAUUUUCCCCGCAAUCGUACAGUCGCUGCUCCCCCGCAUCGGAUAUCCCUGGACAAUGCGUGUUUUGGGUUUCUUCAGUCUUUCCACGUUGACUCCCUGUUUCAUUUUCCUGCGACAACGACUCCCUCCCCGCAAAAGCGGGCCAUUUUUCGACUGGCCUGCCUUUAAGGAGAGGAAAUACUCUCUGUUUGCAAUUGCUAUGUUCCUUAAUUUCUGGGGUCUCUAUGUUGCUUUUUUCUAUCUCAGCAGUUUUGGCCGCGACAUCACCGGCCUUUCACGAAAAAAGUCGAUAGAUCUUUUGCUAAUUCUGAACGGCGUCGGAUUCAUCGGCCGGCUGGUGCCGAGUUUCAUGUCGGAUUACUAUUCGGGCCCGUUCAAUGCUUUUAUCCCGUGUUCCUUUCUCUCAAGUAUCCUAUUAUUCGGCUGGGCAGGGAUCCAUGAUGUCAACGGGCUGUAUGCAUUCUCCAUUCUAUAUGGAUUUUUCGCAGCAGGAAUUCAAUCGUUGUUUCCUGCAUGCUUGUCGGCCCUGUCUCCUGAUCUAAAAAAGACCGGCAUUCGUUUCGGUAUGAUUCUAAGCAUUGUUAGCUUCGCUUCAUUAACGGGAUCACCGAUCGCAGGGGCUUUGAUUCAGAUGAAUGAUGGCAAAUAUCUGUAUGCACAACUUUUUGGUGGUCUUUCGAUGUUGGUAGGGUCCAUGGUAUUGGUGUGUGCAAGGAUUUCAGUUACGGGACCAGUAUUGAUGGUGAGGAUCUGAAAUUUAUUCGGGUAUUUCUCGCCUUGGAGAAGACUGGUUUUGUGUAUAGACCUUCACGAGUACGAUUCUUCUUUUGUGGUUG